AUGCUUGGUCGGUUGAACAACGUUCGCACUGCGCUGUUAGGUUUGAUCCCGUCGGGUAUAUCGAAGAGACCCGUUGACGUCUCCCAAUAUCGUUCUGCCAUGACCUCAGCAUCUCAGAAGCCAGAAAUCGCAACGUUUGCGGCUGGAUGUUUUUGGGGAGUCGAACACAUCUUCCUCAAGCACUAUCCUCCUUCCCAGAACAAGGGAAUCCUGAAGACCUCGGUGGGCUAUACCGGAGGCAAGGCGACCUCUGUCGAUCCAUCCUACCGAGAGGUCUGCACUGGAACCACAGACCAUGCCGAGGCGGUCAGAAUUGAAUUCGACCCUUCGAUCGUGUCUUAUUCGGAACUUGUAGAAUUCUUCUACCGCACUCAUGACCCAAUAGCUGUAAAUCGUCAAGGACCAGAUGUUGGCUCCCAGUACCGGUCUGCGAUCUUCACACAUAGUCAGGAACAACGCUCUACUGCGGAGCGAGUAACGAAAGAAGUGCAGGAUAAGUAUUUUACUCCCAAGGGCGAAAUGAUUGCGACAGAGAUUCAAGAAGCUGGACCGUGGUACGAUGCGGAGGAUUACCACCAGCUAUACCUGAUCAAUAAUCCAAGCGGGUACCAGUGUCCGACUCACUACUUGCAUUGGUGA